AUGGCUUUUCAACCUAUUGUUGAACAAAUUGAAACAAUAACUUUAGAAGAAGUCACAAAUUCUAAUGAAGAAAAAGCAGUCGAAAAUGUAUAUAGAAUUGCAGAUGAACUGCUUGCAACUAAGAUUAAAAAGAGAGAAAUGUAA